AUGCUUGUGUUCUUGGUCCAAGAGGGUCAAUCUUACCAUAUCGUUUGCUCCUUUGCUGUUGCGACGAAGACUUUUGACAACGAUUGUCGGGCAAGCCGGCAGGCCGGCUUGCCAUGUCGCAGUUGGUCGCUGUGCCGAAAAACCGCGUGUCGUGUCGUGAAGAUGGGAAACGGCCAAAGAGCCGUGCCAGAUUGCGAGACCUCACAGACGACGGCCCGGGUGGGGCCAACGUGGUGGCGGAGCAGGACAGCGGAGCAGACGACGCAGGAGCAUGCUGUUGAAUUUAAUCUGCCGGAUGCGGCUCUGGAGAUGCACAGGGACGUGGAUGCUGAACUGAGGGUCAAAGGUGAGAGUGUAGUUGAUGUAGUUGAUCUCUGA